AGCACCAUGGCCUCGGCCAAUCACCGAGGUGGCGGCGGACGUGGUGGCGGUGGUGCCGUCGCUGGUGCCGGAGCUGAUGGCAAUGCGAUCGUUGGUCUCCAGAUUGGUUCCGCCUGGUUUCAGCGUAAAAUCAACCUGAGACCGCAGCAUCGUGGCGUCCAUUUGGUCACCGAGGAGAUACUCCGACAGAUGCCGGAGUUGGCGCACUUCUCUGUGGGAUUAUGUCAUAUGCAAAUUCUUCACACCUCGGCGAGUUUAGCGUUAAACGAAAGCUGGGAUCCAGACGUCAGAGACGACAUGGAGAUGAUGUUGAAUAAAAUAGUUCCCGAAGGUUUGCCCUACAGGCAUUCGUGCGAGGGACCCGAUGAUAUGCCUGCGCACGUGAAGGCCUGCUUCUUGGGCAGCUCCCUGACAAUCCCGAUCACCGAUGGCAAGCUGUCGCUGGGCACGUGGCAGGGCGUUUGGCUGUGCGAGCACCGCGACCAGGCCGGAUCCCGGAAGCUGGUGAUCACACUAACCGGAUGUCCGCGCGAACAGGCCCGCAGUCCGCUGUCACCCGUCUCGCCGAUCGCUAGCACGUCCAGUUAGGGGCGGCCUCGCUCCACCCGCGACAGCCGGUAAUCGCGGGGGAGCGACAAUAAUGCCAUCAUUUCGUCGAGGCGGCUGAUACUGCAAAAGAACUUGGCUAAGGCGAACUUGGCCCAGCAGCGGGCGGCGGCGGUGAUUGCCGCCGGUCGGGGUGGUUUGGGCGGUGGCCAUCAGGAUGCGUUGGCGCCACCCAAUAUCCCCGGCGUGGAGACGAAGACCGGCCGCCUGCUGCUACGCCAGCAGCUGCACCUCAAUCUCAAUCUGAAUGUGCAGGAAACGUUGCGCGAUGGCGUCGACAUCGAUGAUGUGGACGAGGAUGUCGACGAGGACGAGGACCUAGACCUAGAAACCGUCACAACAGUGCCUCUUAACAAUGAACAACUUAAUGCUAAGGUCACCACCACAACAUCCAGUUCAUCAGCAGCGAGCAGUGCAUUAGCUAAAUUCAAUCGCAUCAUUGACUCCACAUUGGAGCGGCCACCCGUGGCCGUUGAUUACUCUGGAUUGCCCAAGUUGAGCAGUGCCACAUUGCAGCAACGCUUCAACCUGGCCUAUCCGGAAUUGGUGACCCAACAACAGCAGCAGUCGCUGCAGCAGCAACAUCAACAUCAACAACAGCAACAUCAGCAGUUGCAGCUGCAACACCAACACCACCAGCUACAUGAUGCGGCCAAGCAGAUCAGCAACCUCCAGGGUAACCCCAGAUUGGAUCGUGGAACGGACGCCGUUGUCAGCACACCAUUAACACUUCAAGCACCCAAAUCUCCAGCAACGGCGACGGAUGAACAGCUGGAUCCGGGAAAUACCCACAACGUCCAAGACGACGACGAUGAUCAUCCCCACCACGACGAGGAUAAUCAAACGAAACGAAAUGAUGUGCAUUAUUUGUUGAAACAGUUAAAUAGUUUUAGUGAUAUAGAAGAAAUAGAAAUUGUUGAUAUGAAGCAAAGAGGUCAGCGGCCGCCGAUGGCGUCCAGUUCGUUGGCCACCAUGAUGCCGCCACCCUCGCCUGCACCGCCGGCCUCGCCAUCCACGCAGUCACAUCGACUGGGGCCGCGGUUCGCCUCCGGCGAUAGUUCGCUAAUCCUGCCGCAGCACCAGUUCGACGACUACCUGUUCGAGUCCUGCCACUACCUGGAGACAAACUACUUUGCCGCCACCUACCGCACUGCCACCAUGGUCGAGAGCAGCUCCCACGAGUUUCGGCACUCGACCAACAGCAGCUCGAACAGUUUCGAGCUGCACGAGAUGGAGCCGCCCAGUGUCAUCUGCAAGGCGGGGGCACCGCCACCAUUGGUUGCCUCUGGUCAUCCUGGUAAUCCGCCGCCGAGGUAUCAAUUCGAAUACCAGACGGAGACCCGGCUGACCACCAGUGGUGUGCAAACGGAGCUAACCGUCGAAUCGCUGGCCAAGAUGAGCAACUGCAGCGGGAGCAGCUCCUCCUCUGCGACGACGAGGGCUCCUCCCUUCUUCCGAUGUUGCUACACGCCCAUCGAUCGCUGGCGGGAGAGGAGGCAGCAGCAGAAAAGCUCCUCCUCGACCGCCGUCGCCCAGCCGCCCAAGGACGUCUGACACUGGGCGUGGCAGUCCACUCGGAGAUCCAACAUGUGCCUGGCUAACUUACUUCAGGGAUGCAAGCCGAGGGAAUAUUGGGAUGAGUUCAGAAUUUAUAGAUGUGGUUCGGUUCAGAGGGUUAGAGUAGAAUUUUUUUGUCUUAAAGUAAGGAAGAUCUAAGGAGAUUUUCUUCGAUUUCAAUUCUUCUUUUUUAAUGCUAAUUUUAUAUCCUUGCCAAUCACUAAAAAUCUUAAUUCUAGAAACAAUGUGUUCAGAUAAAUUUCUUCAAUUUGAUUUUCUUAAAAUUCAAAUAUGUAAUCAUUAUAAAACGAAGACGUAAAAGACCAAACCACUAGCCUUAUUAGGAUGGUAGGUUGAAUUCCUUAACGGUUUGCAUCCCUGUUAUUUUGGUCGCUGUUCUCAUUUGCGAUAUCAACAAAAGAUUCCAUUUCGAUCGACAGUCGAUACACGAAUCACGAAUCCCUAAUCAUUGGAUGGAAGUUCAUAGUUGUACAAUUUAUAUAUGCUAAAAACGUAAACAACAAAUGUUAGUAAACAAUUUUUUAUACACACACCAGCUACACACACACACACACAGACAUUCGCACAUUUUUGCAAUACACCAAAGUAAUUGAUUUGGAAAUUUGUAUAAAUAAAUACAUAAGAGUUGUUAGGUGUUUGGCAUAUAACUCGGUUAGCGAAAUAACAAUUUAUUAUUGAUCAUUGAAUUUGACAAAAUGUUCGUCUUUCUUUUCUAAUAACUAACCAAGUUCUAUGCCAAGCAUUUUACUUACAAGCUGAACUCAACUUAGGCCUAAAGUUGUAUUCGAAAAUGUUUCAACAGAGGAAAAAUAUUGUUAAAAAUGAAAUGAAAACGUAGGGGACGCGAGAGCUUGUAUAGUAAGUUGAUAAAUAAAGUACUAUAAUUGAGAA